GCGCUUCAGAUGGCGUCAGCGGUCUCCAGGCAACAGUCAGUCAGUGAGAUGUGUCAAUCACAGCGGAGAGCGGUGGCCCUCUCACGGAUCCGGUGCACAUUUCUCCGGUUAUAGUGAACGACAUGUGAACACAGCGUGUGUGUGAGUGCUGAAGAACAGAACCGGACCCUCCGGUACCGACUGAACCGGACUCAAUCACAAGGCGGAUCCGCGCGCGAACGCGAGUUCUCUGAGGGAAUUUUACGGCGCAGAGUGAGGAGAUUUCAUUUGACUUUUUUUUUUUUUAUCGUUUUUUUAUUUUUUAUGUCAUGUUAUUUAAAUGUUCAAUACGUUUUCAUUCAUGAGUUCGGUUUUAAAGCACAGUUGUUUUCCGACCAACAAACUGUGGAGAACAUUUUAUUCACUUUGAACUCAAAAACACGAGCACUUUCCCUCAGAAAAAUGAUGAAAUUUCACAAUUCCGAUCUGUGGAUUGCUUGGCUGGUCUUCUGUGUGGAUGUGUGUGUGCUAGCGUUGGAAGUGACGGUGAGCCGGAGCAGUGUCCAGGUGGCAAGAGGUCAGGCGGCCAUCUUGCCCUGUACGUUCACCACGAGUGCCGCACUCAAUAAUCUUUACAUCAUCUGGAUGGUCACACCGCUCUCCAAUGCCAACCAACCAGAGCAGGUGAUCAUCUAUCAGGGUGGGCAGGUGUUCAGUUUAGCCAAUCACAUGAACGGGCGAGUGGGUUUCGUGUCCACUAUGCCCAGCACAAGUGCCUCAAUCUUCAUCAAUAACACACAGCUGUCCGACACAGGGACGUACCAGUGCCUGGUCAAUAACCUCCCCGACCGCGGAGGGCGCAAUAUAGGAGUCAUCGGCCUCACUGUGCUUGUUCCUCCGUCCAUACCGUCCUGUCGUAUUCAGGGUGCUCUGGACGUGGGCAGUGAUGUGAUGCUGCUGUGUGGGUCAGAUGAGGGAAUCCCCACGCCUACCUACUCUUGGGAAAAAAUGGAGUCAGUGCCCAAACUGCCCCACAAUGCCAUGCAAGAUCAGAUGCAGGGUACAGUGACACUGAGAAACAUCAGCACCAGCACAUCUGGACUCUAUCAGUGCACCGCAUCGAACGCCAUCGGGAAGAGCACCUGUGUACUGAACAUGCAGGUCGUAGCACCUCAGCCUCAGAGUGUUGGUCUGAUCGCCGGCACGAUCGUCACUGGGAUUCUAGCGCUGGUUAUCUGCUCUCUGCUGGUGGUGGUGUCGCUCUUCUACUGGAGGAACAAGAACAAAUACGAUGAAGAUGAAAUUCCCAAUGAGAUCAGGGAGGAUGAUCUUCCUCCAAAGAGAUCUUCAUCAGUAAAGGCCUUUCACGCCGACGCCUCCUCCUCUGAGAACGACACGCUGACGUCCACCAACACCUACAACAGUCAUUACUGGCAAAACCCCAAACCCAACUACGACACCAACUCCUACACCCGAUAUAACGGCGACACGCAACAGACCUUCACGGGUGGACCCAACAACACUGGAAAAGCCCCUUCACGCCCAGCCUACACCAAUGGCAGCCACACACUGCCUCCGCCCAAAACUCUGGUGGUCACCACUAACUCCGCCCCCUCCCCGCCCGUCAUGACACGCAGUAACGGCUCGAUGAGCCUGCGCCCGACCGUCGCCACGACGCCGGCCGCAACAUAUGGGCAACAACACACGCACUCGUAUGCUGUGAGCCAAGCCACGCUAGAGCGCAUGGGCGCCGUGCCCGUCAUGGUGCCCGCCCAGGGCAGAGCGGGCUCACUCGUCUGAUAGAAACAAACACGCAUGGAUGAAAUAAAACUGUUUUAUAUUUGAGUUCAGCUGAUGCCAACUAAAACUGCUCCGCAACACCAUUAACAUCCCUUUGCGCCCUUGUUUUUUAUAUUGCCUGUUUGCUUCUUAGUUUCUUAGUUUAGUUUUUUAAGGCUUGACGAUUAACUGGGUUUGCUGCUGGCAGAAAAGGGCCCUCAAGAGAAUAAUUAAAAAUGUAAAAGUAUAAAUAUCUAGACAUCCUUAAAACAAGAUACAUUUACAUUUAUUAGCUAACGAGACAUAUUUACACAGAAUAUAUACUGAAUUAAAGGAAUAUUCCGGGUUCAAUACAAGCUAAGCUAAUCGACAGCAUUUGCGGCAUAAUGUUGAAAAUUAUUCCGUCUUUUUCUUAAAAAUAAAGCAAAAAUCUGUGUUACGGUGAGACACUUACAAUGGAAGUCAAUGGGGAUUAAUCUGUAAACAUUAAAAUACUCACUGUAUCAAUAUUAUAGCCACAAGAUAUAAACAAUAUGUGUGUAAACAUGAUUUUCGUGUGAUGAAAUCACUUACUACCGCAUCUCUGUAAAGUUAUAUCCAGGUUUGCAACUUUGUCAACCGUAAAAAUGACGAUUUACACAACUUUGUGGCUCAAAUAAUGAACGUUUUAACAGAAGAAUGAAUGUAAGUGCUUUUAUAAAAUUACAAGCUUCACAUUUCUGCCUUUUAAACACUCCAAAAAUUGGCCCCAUGAAGUAGUACGUCUUAAACAAUAUCUUUUAAGGAUGUUUAGAUACUGGAAAAGCAAGCAAAAAUACUGAUUAUGAAAAUGAGUUUUUACAGUAAAUCACUGAAUCCCGUCACCCCACUGCAAAUAUCUGAAUGUGCACGAUGCUUUAUUUGUUUAUCUUAAUAGGGCUUUUUGACUUAUAUUCUUCUGCUUUGUACCACUGGAAUCAAAGAAGGAACGUGUGCAAUUGAAAGUGAGUAUUAUUCACCCUCCCUCUGAUCAGAGACGGCUGCAUGAGUAUUAAAGUGUUGUGGCCUUUGAUUUCAGACUCUAAAGACCCGAGGAUGUGUUUGACAGUGUUGCUAAUGCAGGACAGACGAGUUUCGCUUUAAGAAAAGCUUUUACGUUGUUUGCAAUGAAGCCAACGUCGUCCUCAUAUCAGCUUAAUAUUGAAAGAAAAGUCUUACAUAGAUAUGUCUUAACAAUCCUAAUUCAACACUACUGACAGUAUAGCCAUAGUCUACCUCUAAACCACUGCAGAUAAAAUAGAUCUCGUAUGUAAUGAAUAGCGUAAGUCUUAUAUGGACGGAAUAUGAAACUCGGAGAAACAUUGGAGAAUUAAAUUGUUACAAAAGAACAGAAUUUGAUUACAGGAAAUCCACUUCAAUUGGGUGCUACAUUAAACAGGUAGAUGCAUAUUGUCCUGUAUGUUAUACGAAAUAACAAUGAUGGGGGGGGGUUAACAUUCAUUGUUCAUUUAGUCUAUUUUGGUUCAUUUGGUUGUUGUUGUUUUUUUUUUUAUAAUAUUGUAAAUAAUGUAACUACUUGUAGAAUAGAAUAUAAAUUAAAACACUCUUUUG